UCGUCCCCUCACUCGCCGCGCUGCUGCCGCCCCCCUCAGGCCAGCUCCAUGAGGACCAAGCACGUGAACGUGCUUUUCGCGCUGACCGCCUUCGUGCUCUUCAGCUUCUCCUGCUUCUGCAUCUCCAGGAUGACUCAAACCAGUAGUCAAUUAAUUAAUUGUAGAAACCAUAUUUUGGAAUUUAAGGAGAAAAUUCUACAUCUGAAAAACAAAACUGAAAGAAAUAACCGAGAGCUGAUCAAUGCCUUGAGUAAAGUGAAGUAUGAAAUGACACAGAGAAAAAAUAUGCCUGUAAACUUAGUUGAGAAGAAAAUGAAUACACUGGAUAAGAACAAAACAGGGUCUAAUACAUUUGAAGUCCUAAAGUUCUUUUUUCCUCAUCUAAGGAAAGUUGGCAGAAUUUAUCCUGAUGUAAUCAUUGGCAAAGAGAAAACAGGUGUCUCUUUUGCGCUGGGUAUUUCCACUGUUAGCAGAGGAAAUCAAAGUUACCUGAAGCAAACACUGAAUUCUGUUGUCUCCAGGAUGACUCUCUCAGAAGAGAAGGACUCUGUGGUGAUUGUCUCUGUCGCCGAUAGAAAUGAAGAUUAUUUAAAAUCUGUUGUUGACAUGAUUAAAAAAAGAUUCAAAAGGCAACUGAAAUCUGGAUCCUUAGAAGUCAUUUCAAUACCUGCCUUCUUUUAUCCAAACACGUUACAUGUCAAGAAGUCAGCUGAGGACUCAGGAAAAUUAGCGAGUUGGCGCAUCAAACAAGUACUGGAUUUCUGUUUUUUGAUGUUGUAUGCCCAACCGAAGGCCAUGUAUUAUUUACAGCUAGAAGAUGAUAUCAUAGCUAAAAAGAUGUACUUCACACAAAUCACAGAUUUUGUGCAUAAUAUCACUUCAAAUAAUUGGUUUUAUAUUGAGUUUUCAAUUCUUGGAUUCAUAGGAAAGCUAUUUAAAUCUGAGGACUUAACUGACUUUGUGCGGUUUUUUUUAAUGUUCUAUAAAGAUAAACCCAUAGAUUUGCUCCUGUGGGACAUUUUUCAGGUAAAGAUGUGUAACCCAGGAGAGAAUCCUGAAAAAUGUGCAGAACGAAAUAAGCAAAUUCGUAUUCGAUAUAAACCUUCUCUUUUCCAGCAUGUGGGUAUACAGUCAUCAUUCCCUGGACGAGAACAAUAUUCCAAAAAAUGUGAAGAUAAUAAGAAUAAGAAGAAAAAGAAUUUCAUAAUACAUUGGAACAGACAACCUUGGUUUUUCAUGGCAUCUUUCAGAAAUUACAGUAAUGAAAAUGCAUAAUUAUAUAGAAGAGAAGAAAACAGUAAACAAACUAGUAGGCUUGAAAUGCUAAGCUACCUCUUAUGUCAAGAAAAAUUAUAGUAUUUAUUUAUGAUAUUUGUAUGCUUACUAUUUAAUUUAAUUUAAAAUAGUAAAGGCAGGGAAGGUUUUGAAAAUUAAGAAAUAAAUUUUGUUGACUUAGAUAGUGAUGCUAUCACAUAAUCUUAAUAAAUAGCUAAUAGUUCAGAAACUUGCUAUUGUUAUGGACAGAUUCUAUGUAAAUUGGUAUAUGUUCUUAUCCAUUUUGUUAAGACAUCCAAAGAAAUAGAAAGCACAAUUUAAGCAAGCUUCAGUCUGGCAGUGCAACAAUAUCUUCUUGUCUCUUAAAUAAGUGCAUUUUAAAACUAUAAGCUUACACCUAAAGUGUCAUUUGAACUGAUUACCAACCUCUUUAUAUUUAUGUAUUCUGAUAAUCAUUCAGUUCUAAAGAUUUUAUAAUUUCUCUUAUUAAUACUUUUUAGCUUGGGUUAUUUGGGGAUUUUUUUCCCAAAUAUGUUGGUUUUUGCCAUCUUUUACUGAUGAUUUCUCAUUUAAUUACCUUCUUAGUGGAUUUUAUCUGUGUGGUAAGAUUUGAGAAUUGUUAAGAAUUCUUAUGUCUCAUAUGAAUUUGAAAAGAAUGUAUGCUGUCUGUACACUCUCUUUAAAAUAUGUUGUAUUCAUUUGUUUUUUAUAAAUGUGUUUUGUGCUUUAAAAAUGUCUUCUUAAAUAUUCCCAAUUAUUCAGUGCAGAAUUCUCUUAUAUCAGGCUUUUUAAUUUACUUAUUCAGGUUUUUAAAUUUUACUAAUUUGUGUCUGUUUGAUUAUCAGUUUCCUAUAGGAGUCUAUAUAAACUCCGCUUUUCUUCUUGUUAUCCUGUUGAGUUUUACUUUAUUUUGAGAAAUAAUAACCAACAUUUAUUCUUCUUUAUUAUUAUAAAAUAUGAAAGUUGUACUUUCUACUGUGUAUUAUCUAUCCCUGAGUGCCAAAGCUUUACAUACUUACCUCAGUAUGAACUGUGUCACACACCAACAUAUAAAAAGAAUAUGAAAGAUGAA